AUGGCCAAUUCAGCUAAUAAAAACUCUGGUACUAAGCUUAGCAAAUUGACCACCUUCCUUCGAAACCUUAUUCUCCCAACCUACCUACCUUGUUUUGGUCCUUUUGGACCCGAGGAGCAUCCGAAGGAUACCCGAGACGUUAUGUUGGUGGCGGUUGCUUUGAUUGCUGCAGUCACCUUUCAAGCCGGAAUCAGUCCUCCCGGCGGAGUUUGGCAAGAUACUACUCUUAAGAACUCUUCUGACGUGGCGGGACCGCCGGCACAGGUUAUAGAGUACUCUUCCGAUCACGUGGCGGGACAGGCUAUAUACUCUUCUCAAAGGGUACCCUAUUUAUUUUUCUUGAUUUGUAACACCCUCGCCUUUUCCUCCGCAAUCUACCUCUUACUAUUUCUCACUUUUGGGUACCCAUUCUUCUUAGAAGUACUCGUUGCCACUUUCUCAAUGUCUGGGACUUAUGCAGCCGCCAUUUUCGCCAUUACACCUAACGAAGAUACGGAUUUUCGUCUCAUCGCUCUUGUUGCCGCUCUGCCGAUCAUCAUAAGGCAGGUUCUCCGUUUCCUGUCAUGGAUGAUCCGUACUAAAGGCUGCGCUUUAAUUAAACAUGAUAGAACCAAUUAA